UUUUAUAGCUACAACCUCCUUUUCCUCCUCCCGCCAUCAACCGCCGAACAUUGUUGUUCCCAUGCCCAAACUGCCGUCGUCGUGGAUCGUAGCUCCCUGCAACGAACGUUUCUCCAACCCUUCCUCCAGUUAUAUUUCGGUGGCUAACCCUCGCUCCUACAAGUCCCUUCUUUCUCUCUAAUAUUACAAUGCGGCGGAAGAAGACAUAUUACCGCCCCAUCCUCCACUUCCCUUGCCUUAUCCUUCGACUGCUCCGUUGAUUUCUCUCGCUUACACACACCCAGUUUUGUCCCGCCUGAGUUAAAGUCUCCCAAAGAGUUUUUGAAUUCCUGUGGUGGUCUGGUUUCUCUGUUUUGGAACAAUCCUGUUUUUUAUGUCACUUCUCAUUAUUGGGUUUCUGGAGUCAUAACGAAGGAGGUGAUCUUCUACCUCUUCUCUCGAGGAGGAAUUCUUUUUGUUUGAAUUGAUGGACCGAAACUUCAUCGCUAUGAGAAUUCAUGGUUCACCUCUUCAGUUUCAAAAUCUGUUGAUAUCAAGUUGGUUACACAGUUCGCCUCAAUUCUCCAACAAGUUUCAAAAUACCACUAGAUUUUUGUUCUUUCCCAUUCGACGGAGUAGUUUCAAGGUACAACUAGAUCCCAGGUGUCCUUCCGACUCUAUUGGAAUUUCAAUGUCAAAAGGCCAAUUUGGUUGUGAAUUUAAAAAUGUGGUUCAUAAUUUCCCAUAUAGAUUUAACUUUGAACACCAAAAGACUGAAGAUGCUAAGGGAAAUCAAGUAUGCUGGAGUAGCAAGAAGAAGUUGAAAUAUUAUUCGAGUAUGUUGCGUGAAUGUGCAUCAAAACGAUCUUUGGGUGUUGCUAAAGCCAUUCAUGGGCUUAUUGUGAAGGAUGUAAUUAAUCCAGAUUCCCAUUUGUGGGUUUCGUUGGUGAAUGUAUAUGCAAAGUGCAGGUACUCUGCAUACGCUCGAUUAGUGCUUGCUAAAAUGCCUGAUCGUGAUGUUGUUUCUUGGACGGCAUUAAUUCAAGGCCUUGUAGCAGAAGGGUUUGCUAAUGAUAGUAUUUAUUUAUUUCAGGAGAUGCAAAAUGAAGGAAUCAUGCCCAACGAGUUCACUCUAGCUACUGGAUUAAAAGCAUGUUCUUUAUGCAUGGCUUUAGAUCUUGGAAAGCAGAUGCAUGCCCAAGCUUUUAAGCUAGGAUUGUUACUAGAUUUGUUUGUUGGAUCUGCACUUGUUGACCUUUAUGCUAAGUGCGGAGAGAUUGAACUUGCAUCUAAAAUGUUUAUUGGUAUGCCUGAGCAAAAUGAUGUGACAUGGAAUGUUCUACUCAAUGGUUAUGCUCAAAGGGGUGAUGUAACUGGAGUCUUGAAAUUAUUUUGUAGUAUGAUGGAAUUAGAUGUGAAGUGUAACGAGUUCACUUUAACUACUGUUCUCAAGGGUUGUGCAAAUUCCAAAAAUUUAAAACAAGGGCAGGUAAUCCAUUCCUUGAUUAUCAAAUGUGGGUACGAAGGCAAUGAAUUCAUAGGUUGUGGAUUGGUAGAUAUGUACUCAAAAUGCGGGCUUGCAAUUGAUGCAAUAGGAGUAUUUAAGACGAUUAAAAAGCCUGAUAUAGUGGUUUGGAGUGCCCUGAUUACAUGCCUUGAUCAGCAAGGACAAAGUGAGGAAUCAAUUAAGUUAUUUCACUUAAUGCGGUUGGGUGAUACACUACCAAAUCAGUAUACUAUUUGCAGCCUUCUAAGUGCUGCUACAAAUACGGGAAACUUGCAAUAUGGCCAAAGCAUCCAUGCUUGUGUUUGGAAAUAUGGAUUUGAAACUGAUGUAGCAGUCAGCAAUGCAUUGGUCACGAUGUACAUGAAAAAUGGAUGUGUGCAUGACGGUACGAAGUUGUAUGAGUCAAUGGUUGACCGAGAUUUGAUUUCAUGGAAUGCAUAUUUAUCGGGUCUUCAUGAUUGCGGAAUGUAUGAUCGUCCGCUUACUAUCUUUUAUCACAUGUUAGAGGAAGGUUUUAUUCCGAACAUGUAUACUUUUAUUAGUAUUUUAGGAUCAUGUUCUUGUCUUUUUGAUGUGCACUAUGGGAGGCAAGUACAUGCACAUAUAAUUAAAAACCAGCUGGACGAUAAUAAUUUUGUUUGUACAGCUCUGAUUGACAUGUAUGCCAAAUGUAUGUACUUGGAAGAUGCUGAUGUAGCUUUCAAUAGGUUGAGUGUUAGGGAUCUUUUUACUUGGACGGUUAUCAUUACUAAUUAUGCACAGACAAACCAGGGGGAAAAGGCUCUUAAUUAUUUCAGACAAAUGCAACAAGAAGGUGUAAAGCCAAACGAGUUCACACUCGCUGGCUGUUUGAGUGGUUGCUCUUCUUUGGCUUCUCUAGAAGGUGGACAGCAACUUCAUUCUAUGGUUUUCAAGAGUGGACACGUAAGUGAUAUGUUUGUUGGUAGUGCCCUUGUUGACAUGUAUGCGAAAUGUGGUUGUAUGGAAGAAGCUGAAGCGUUAUUUGAAGCUUUGAUUAGGCGAGAUACAAUCGCAUGGAACACCAUUAUAUGUGGAUAUGCACAAAAUGGGCAAGGCAAUAAAGCUCUCACGGCCUUUAGGAUGAUGUUAGAUGAAGGCAUAUCGCCGGAUGGGGUCACCUUUACAGGCAUUCUUUCUGCAUGCAGUCACCAAGGAUUAGUUGAAGAGGGAAAAGAACAUUUUAACUCUAUGUACAGAGACUUUGGUAUUUCUCCUACCGUAGAUCAUUGCGCUUGUAUGGUUGAUAUUCUAGGCCGAGUGGGAAAAUUUGAUGAGCUUGAAGAUUUCAUUCAGAAAAUGCAACUAUCACAAAAUGCACUUAUUUGGGAGACUGUCCUUGGAGCAAGCAAAAUGCACAACAAUUUAGUACUGGGGGAGAAAGCUGCAAACAAACUCUUUGAGCUUCAACCGGAGGAGGAGUCAAGUUAUAUAUUACUCUCAAAUAUUUUUGCGACAGAAGGAAGGUGGGAUGAUGUCAAAAGAGUUCGGAGUUUGAUGUCUAGUAAAGGAGUUAAAAAGGAACCAGGGUGUAGUUGGGUUGAAGCAAAUGGACAAGUUCACACAUUUGUGUCUCAUGAUUAUUCACAUCCGCAAAUUCAGGAAAUACAUCUAAAGCUAGAUGAGCUUGAUAGAGAGUUGGCAUCUAUACAAUAUGUGCCUAAAACUGAAUACGUGCUUCAUAAUGUUGGAGAAACAGAAAAAAAGGAAAACCUUCGAUUUCACAGUGAAAGACUGGCCCUUGGUUUUGCACUUAUAAGUACUAGCUCAGAGAAAAAAAUUCGUAUUUUUAAAAAUUUACGUAUUUGUAGAGAUUGCCAUGAUGUCAUGAAGCAUAUAUCAAGUAUCACCAAUCAAGAAAUAGUUGUUCGUGAUGUUCGUAGAUUCCACCAUUUCAAGAAUGGUGCUUGCUCGUGUAAUGAUUUUUGGUGAUGUGGCUUCCUAUAGAUUUUUUUGUUAGAUUUAGUGGCCUUGGCCCAAAGAUUUAACCUAAUAUUCUUUUUUUUCCUUGUAGUCUAUUUAUUUCCCCCCUUGUAUAAUUUAUUAACAUAAUAAAAUAAUAAGAGAGAUUUGCACCGUGGUUUUUCUCCUUCAACUAGGAUUUCCACGUAAAA